AUGCCUUCCAGCAACAUACUAAACAUCUUCUCCAACGACACUCGCGCCACGGAGUUUCGUCGCGCUGUCAGAAGCCAAGUCGCUCGCAGACAAGAAUACGCAGUGCCUGGUUCGGGAGCCAGUGCUCAAGAAGUACAGAGAGCUUAUCUCAGGUACUGCAGAGAACAACAGCGACCAGGUCAGGGAGGCGGUGCACAGCAGGUGCCUCCGCCAUCAUAUACUGCAACUGCCAACAAUUCACCAUACACAUCUACCGAUAACGAGGCUCCACCACCAUACACCUCCGCCAUAACACCGACUGCACAGUUGGAUAUGCUGCUUUACAGCAAUGCUUCCACUGCUCCAUCACCACCUGGAUAUACUGAAGCUAUUGCUACACCGCCACCACCCUGCUAUGCAGAUACCGUUUCUGCUCGCAGCAUCCCCAAUGCCAUAAAUCAAACACUUUCGCAUUCAGCAAUGCAGAAUCUGUUCAGUAACUGUACGACCCGCACACCGAGAAAGCAGUUACACAAAACAGCCAUCCAGGCACUAAAUCUGGUGGUUGUAUCGGAGACUCAAGGAAGUCAGGAAGAGGUGGCUUUCAUCAGACCAAAUAAGAGAAGAGGGGUUUUGAGGAGGAUCAAAGAUAGAAUGUAA